CAAUCCRGGAACGCCUAACAGAAACUGCAUAAGUGAUCGAAAAGUUGCAUUGUCAUGUUCUSGUAAAAUCUCAUUUUUCUAUUCUAAACAUGUCUAAUCUUGACAUUUGUGCUUUUGCUCACGAAGGGAAGUACAAAGAGGUUUACGAAAGGAUAGAAGCACAGCCAAAUCUCGUUAGAAAAAAAGACCAGAAUGAAAGAAUAGCUCUACAUUGGGCAUCUUCUGGUGGACAUACAGAACUAGUGUCAUAUCUCCUUAAACAUGGUUCACCGGUUGAUGACAUGGAUGAUUGUGGGUGGACUCCCCUUAUGAUCGCAGCCUCAGCUGGACGAACUGAGAUUGCCUCAAAUCUGAUUGCGCACAAUGCUGAUGUCAAUGCUUGCAACUUUAAUGGACAGACACCGUUGCAUUAUGCUGCAUCAAGGGACAGAUAUGAGAUUGCAGAAAUACUAAUUGAACAUGGAGCUGACAUGAAUGCACAAGACAAAACAAGCAAAGCAACACCACUACACAGAGCUGCAUCAAGAGGCCACGUAAAGAUCGUUAAACUUUUGUUAGAUGCCAAGUGUAAUAUACAAACGCAAGAUGCUGAAGGAAACACAGCACUACAUAUGGCUUGCGAAGAGGAGAGGUCUGAAAUAGCUGUGGUGCUUGUUGAACAUGGUGCAGAUUUAUCCAUACAGAACAAGGCAAAGCAAAAGGCAGUUGAUCUUGCACAAAAGGGCCUAGCAAGGCAGCUUGUACAUCUAUCUGAUAUGACUGAAUAACAUGUAGUCAUGAAUCCCUGUCAACAUGAGGUUUUAGCCAGUUUUUGACCAGCUUUUUGUUUGAUAAUCUUCACUUCUUUCAUGGUCUUUCAAAAUGUGUAGUACAAAAAAGCCUGAAGUAUAAAAUAUGGAAUAUUUCAUGACCUGUGAGUCAAAUGGAACGGUAAGCAAGACUAUUCUAAGUCAAAUAAAAGAAUAAUAAUUUCUACCA